AGUGAGGCUCAGAGCAGCCGAAAGUUCGUCGCCUCCAACUUCUUUUUUUUGUUUGUUUUCCGCCCUCGAUGCGGCGUCCGUGCUGCGCGUGAAGACGUGAGCGGCUCGCGUGGUUUCUCGUUGUGCGGCGGAGACACGGAAGGCAGCCAUGGGACUCCCCACGCUGGAGUUCAGCGACUCUUUUCUGGACGGCCCCGAUUUCCGCGAGCGCCUCAAGUGUCAUGAGAUCGAACUGGAGAGGACCAAUAAGUUCAUCAAGGAGCUUAUUAAGGAUGGAAAUAUGCUCAUCGGCGCGCUGAGGAAUCUUUCUGCCGCUGUCCAGAAGUUCUCUCAGUCGCUGCAGGAAUUCCAGUUUGAGUGCCUAGGUGACGCCGAGACGGAUGAUGAGGUGAACAUUGCCCAGUCCUUCAAGGAGUUCUCCAAGCUGCUCAACACCGUGGAAGAGGAGAGACGACGCUUGAUUCAGAACGCAGAUGACGUCUUGAUCACUCCCUUGGAAAAGUUUCGCAAGGAGCAGAUCGGCGUUGCCAAGGACGGGAAAAAGAAAUUUGAUAAGGAGACGGAGAAAUAUUACUCCACGCUUGAGAGACACCUGAACCUGUCGUCCAAAAAGAAAGAAGCUUAUCUUCAAGAGGCCGACACGCAGAUUGAUAAGGAGAGGCAACUCUUCUACGACGCGUCCCUUGAGUAUGUCUUCAAAAUACAGGAAGUGCAAGAAAAGAAGAAGUUUGAAUUUGUGGAGCCGCUGCUGGCCUUCCUGCAGGGCUUGUUUACGUUCUACCACGAAGGAUACGAGCUGGCUCACGAGUUUGAGCCGUACAAGCAGCAGCUCCAGUUCAACCUCCAGAAUACGCGCAACAACUUUGUGAGCACCAAGCAGGAAGUGGAGAAGCUGAUGAAGAGGAUCAGGUCGGCGGACCAGGACUACAAAGCUCCGGGCCCGUGGAGCAUGGAGGGCUUCCUGUACGCACAGGAGAAACGUCCUCUGGGCUGCACGUGGGCGAGACAUUACUGCACGUAUGAGAAAAGCAGCAAGACGUUUACUAUGAGCAAUACUGACAACAAGUCAGCCAAUAAACAGAACGGUCUGGCGCUCAACCAGCCCGAAAUGUUCAAGCUCAAGUCGUGCAUCCGGAGGAAAACGGACUCCAUCGACAAGCGCUUCUGCUUCGACAUUGAGGUGGUGGAAAGAAACGGCGUCUGCCGCGGAACUCUUUUCAGGCCGCUUCGGUUGUUCUAUAAAGUCCGGCAUGGUGUCAUGACGCUGCAGGCGCUGUCCGAGUCCAACAGACGGCUGUGGCUGGAGGCCAUGGAUGGCAAGGAGCCGAUUUACAACCUGCCCGCCAUAUUGAGCAAGAAGGAAGAGACAUUCCUUAACGAGGCCGGCUUCAACUUUGUGAGGAAGUGCAUCUUCCUGGUUGAGAGCAGAGGUAUAAAUACGAUGGGGCUGUACAGGAUUGGUGGCGUCAACUCGAAAGUGCAAAAGCUGAUGGUGACAGUGUUUUCAUCCAAGGCGCCAACAGACAUGGACCUGGAUCCUGAGACAUGGGACAACAAGACCAUCACCAGCGGCCUGAAGAAUUACCUCAGGUGUCUCUCUGAGCCGCUUAUGACCUUCAAGCUGCAUAAAGAAUUCAUCAUGGCUGUCAAAUCGGAUGACCAGAACUACAGAGUGUGCGCUGUCCACUCUUUGGUCCACAGGCUGCCAGAGAGGAACAAGGAGAUGCUUGAGCUGCUCAUCAAACAUCUCGUCAUAGUAUCCGCGCAAAGUCAGUCCAACAUGAUGACCGUGUCCAACCUGGGAGUCAUCUUCGGGCCCACCCUGAUGCGCUCCCAAGAGGAGACUGUGGCCGCCAUGAUGAACAUCAAGUUCCAGAAUAUUGUGAUGGAAAUUCUGAUUGAGAAUUGUAACAAGAUCUUCCAUCAGCUUCCGGACCCUAAUGUGCCGCUGCCGCAGCCUCAGGGUCGGCCCGGUUCCCGCAGGAGCAGAGCCAUUUGUCUGUCAAGCGGUCCCCGGAAGCCCCGCAGCCUCUACACGCCCACCCUGUGCCUGGCCGACGCAGAAAGCCCCUGCAUAGGCGACCCGUGCAGCAGCAGUCCAGGCAGCACCCCCGUGGGCAGCAUGGAGUCUCUGUCCUCGCACUCCUCGGAGCACGACGGCUCGUCCAAGGCAGAGACUGCGACCUCCGUGCAACCUAACGACGUCACGCUCCCUGACGCCGCGUCCCUGCGCUCCAGCGGGCCCCGGAGCACCGAGUCCAGCUCCAGGGAGGAGGCCGGCCCGACCGACGUAGAGUCGGAGGACGCGCUCCCCGGCGUCGCCCCCAAAAAGGCCCCCCACCGUCGCUACCCUGGACUCAGACCGCCUGAUCUCACGGCUGCAACCUCUCUCAAGUCACUGCAUGUGAAUGAAGGCCAAAGGAGCUGCUCGAGGUCCACCCAAAACCUCUCCACGCUGGAUCUCAUCGAUCACUUGAAGCACGCAGAGCACCCGGCGCUUCCGCCCAAGGUCGUGAUCCGGCGGCGGGCCGCGGCGGCCGGCGACGGAUACCAAAGACCAGGCUCAGUGGUGGCUGCCAGAGCGCUGCUUUUUGAACACGCCGCCGCCCAGCAGCCCGCCACGCUCGGGAGGGACGCCCAGGCCGUCUACUCGUGCGAGGCCGAGCACAGCCACGAGCUCAGCUUCCCCAAGGGGGCGCACUUCAGCAACGUGUACCCGUCGGUCGAACCAGGAUGGCUGCAAGCGACCUACCAGGGAAAAACGGGUUUAAUCCCCGAAAACUAUGUCAUCUAUCUUUAAUUUAAUUAGUUUUUCCAUCCAUGGUAUCCAUGGAAAAGCCCUUUACUGGUGAUUGUAGCUGUGUGGUUUCUAGCUGCUUGGAUAGGGGCUAGAACAUGACAAACAUACCUCCUUUUUCUUUUUUUAUUUGGAAAAAGACUUCCUCAAAUGUGUUUUUAAUAAGACAGACAUAAUUUGUCUUUUUUCAACACGUUUUUACGACCACAAACGACACACGAGAACCACUUGACAAGUUUUAUUGCCUUGAAAUAUCUUCAACAAUCUUUGAUUAAUGUAUUUUUUUCUGCAAAAACAGAGCUCGGCAAAAAAAAAAAAAAUAAAUAAAAACUGGGACCUCACACCCCCACAACGUCAACGUUUCGCGCCAUGCUGCGCCCACCCGCAAUCGAAAACUCAAGUUCUUGUCAAUUUAGCAUCGCCCAUCUGUCUUAGUUCAAUGUUGAGAGCAAUCAGGCAAAGUUUCUACAACAAGUUUGACUUUGACCCUGCCGAUGGCAAAUUGUAAAUGGCCGUCUUGCUGUGUGAAUUUUACAUCGCGAGUUCCUGUGGCUAUUUUGUGGGUCUGCUCUUUUUUUUUUUUUUUUUUUUUUUUUUUUUUAAAGCUCGAGAAGGUACUAUAUGACAAAUUACAAGACAGGACAGUAACACUGCGGUUAAAUAGCCUGUAGGAAAAUAACAAAAAACUACUUAGAUGACUCAAUUACAACAUAUUCCAAGUUAUGUAAAAAUUGUUCCUAAAUGUAAAAAAAAAAAAUCAGUUAUUAUAGAUUGAAUACAAAUGUGUUUAAAAGUUAAAUACAACUGAACUGUGCUUAGGCAGUGAUUCCUUUGAGUUCAACUAGAGGGAGCCCAUGAGUGACAAUCACUGGCACAGACCGUAAAGCUUCAUUUUGUUUUGCGUGUGUGCGUGUGUGUUUUGUGUCGCCCACCUGUUUCCCAAGGUGCAUGUUUUACAUUAGAAAGAAGGCACAGUACACCACCAAAACAAAAAUGGCACAAAAAGUACAUACACAAAAAUCUGAUCUCAUCUCAGUUUACUCACAAAUGUAUUCAUGAACUCAGUAUGAAACCCUAGGCCUGUUUAGUUGAAUACAAAGCUCUUGUUCUGUUGUAUAAAUGGAAACAGGUGGAUACACAGGCUCAUUGUAGUUUCUCCCAUCUUGUGGAAUAGCAUUUCAUUGUUCUGCUUUUGAAAAGAUGAAAAAAAAUACAUUAUUUGUUGUAAAUAAUUCAUAAAUUGUGGACCAAUUGAAUGAAAUUGGAUCAUAUCACGAUUGCGUUUUUCGUGCGUCCUGUUACGAGAGACACAUCCAUCUAAGGUUGUGCCCAUCAAUGAAAUAGUGUUUGGGGCCAUUUUUUUCCUUUUUUUUUCCCAAGGGGCACUACUGAGUGACUUUUAAGGGGGUUUUGUCGGCAACCCUCAAUAGUCACACAUUUUUGUAACACCUAAAGCACCCUAACUGCGAUCAUCACACUGGCUGUGCACUUCCUGCUGUCCUACCAUACAUUAUUCAUAGAAAUAAUCAAAGUCACGUAUCCUGUAAAGCAGGGGGUCUCAAACCUUUUGGGUAGAGGGACACCUUGUAGGGGAGACAUUUUUCCUCUGACCCCCAAGACCCGACCUUAAGAAUCCCUGUUGUAAACUGAUUUAUUCUACAACCCCAAUUGCAAUGAAGUUGGGACAUUGUGUUAAACAUAAAUAAAAACAGAAUACAAUGAUUUGCAAAUCAUGUUCAACCUAUAUUUAAUUGAAUACACUACACAGACAAGAUAUUGAAUUUUCAAACUGAUAAACGUGAUUGUUUUAGGCAAAUAAUCAUCAACUUAGAAUUUUAUGGCUGCAACACGUUCCAAAAAAGCUGGGACAGGGUCAUGUUUACCACUGUGUUACAUCACCUUUUCUUUUAACAACAUUCAAUAAACGUAUGGGAACUGAGGACACUAAUUGUUGAAGCUUUGUAGGUGGAAGUAGGUGGAAUUCCUUCCCACUCUUGCAGUCCGGGGUCUCCCUUGUCCUAUUUUACGCUUCAUAAUGCGCCACACAUUUUCAAUGGGAGACAGGUCUGGACUGCAGGCAGGCCAGUCUAGUACCCGCACUCUUUUACUACAAAGCCACGCUGUUGUAACACAUUGAUGUCGGUUUUUGAUGCAGUCCCGCCUGAGGGAUCGAAGGUCACUGGCAUCGUUGAGGAACACACUUGUUCACAAAGAGGUGAACCUCGCCCGAUCUUGGCUUGUGAAUGACUGACCAAUUCAGGGAAGCUCCUUUUAUAACCAAUCAUGGCACCCACCUGUUCCCCAUUAGCCUGUUCACCUGUGGGAUCCCACAGGUGAGCGUUCCUCAAUUUUGGCAGUCUUUUUUGCUACCUGUCCCAGCUUUUUGGGAACGUGUUGCAGCCAUAAAAUUCUAAGUUAAUGAUUAUUUGCGAAAAAGAAUAAAGUUUAUCAGUUUGAACAUCAAAUAUCUUGUCUUUGUAGUGUAUUCAAUUAAAUAUAGGUCAAACAUGAUUUGCAAAUCAUUGUAUUCUAUUUUUAUUUAUGUUUAUCACAAUGUCCCAACUUCAUUGGAAUUGGGGUUGUAGAUGCUAUACUUUAAUGACUUCACCUUCCAAUGUGUGUGCUGGUAUACCAGCAUACUUUAUGUUGUUAUUAUUACUAUUAAUAUGAUUGUUUUAGCUGUUUCAGUGGUUUGGGGGGGGGGG